AUGGUCGUUGGUAAUACUGGAGUGCUCUUGACCCUCCACAAUCUCAAGAUUACAACGGCAGAUAAUGAACCGCACUACACAAACCCAUUCUCCACUGCUGAUAUUUUAUUCACCAUAUCAUUUAUUAUCUGCGCACUUUUUACUGCAGAAGUUGUUAUACGACUUUUAAUAACUGGUCGACGCGUUAUAAGACUCCCCAUUGACUAUAGAGCAACGGUUGCCCACUAUCAGCAGGACGAAUCGUUUCGCCAGCACAACCUUAACUCCAUGCAGCAUCGACUGGACAUUAAUGAAUUGGAAUUGCAGCAGCUGCGUCAAUACGUCUAUGCAAACCGCGGUUUGGUGCCUCCGGACUGCUUGUCUCACGAUUUCAGCACAAACAGCGAAACAGUAGAUUCUGAUCAGUUCUGCCGACUUCAUGACGAUCUUCAAGAUCUUCGAUGCUGCCCAUUAAACGAGGAGCCUGAUGAAGAGUCCGGCUCUGGUAUGUCGAAAUUUUCUGAGUCCAGUUACUCUAUCAUGAGAAUAUGCUGUACUAUGAUUUGGUGCCUUUAG